CUCCUCCUCCUCGGAUGUUGUGCGGAGCGCCAAACCCGAACCUCUUUACGCACCGUUCCGCCUCACCUUCAGCGUCACCUCUGCGCCUCUUCAGCCGCGCUGAAUGGAUUAGCCUCCGGGAGCCAUGCGGUACCGGCACCGAGCCCCCGCAGCGACCCGAGCCGCUUCGGAUGGAGGAGAGUCCGGUUUCCGCAUUCCCGCAGCCGCCGUGCGCACUGCAGGCGCGGAGCGAAGAUCCAUGAUCUCAACAGAAAAGGAAACCGGUUCGUCCGGCUCGGCGGGCCGCCCCGCGCUGCGGAUUCAUUGUUACGUUCCCGGCGGACGGAGAGGCUGCUGACUGUGUGUCUCAGGCCCGGUUCGGAGCUCCUUCAUGACCCGGGAUGGAGAACUGCUGCCGCGCCUGCUGCCCCUGCUUCUCCCGGCUCUGGAACUGGUUCUGGCCGGCUCCCCGCUACCCGCCCGUCCCGAACCUGGUCAUCGCCAACCCGGGGGCCCGGUCGGAGGAGAUCCGCACCGUAUCGGGGGACAUCCGCGCCCCGUCGCCCAAGAAGCGGCCGGUGCAGCUGUACGCGGCGCUGUACGACUUCCAGGCCCGGAGCGACGACGAGCUGUCGGUGAAGGAGGGAGACAAGCUGUCGGUGAUCGAGAAGCGGGGCGACUACGUGCUGGCCAAGAAGCUGACGGGAGCGCCGCAGUCCGGGCUCAUCCCGGCCAACUACGUGGCUCUGCUGCAGGACGAGUUCGCCAAACACAAGUGGUACUACGGGAACAUAAACCGCGUGAAAGCAGAGAAGCUGCUGCUCGCUUCCCAAAACAAAGAUGGCGCCUUCCUGGUUCGCAUCAGUGAGAGUCACAGCGAUGAGUACACGGUGUCUGCGCGGAGCGAGGGGAAGGUUUUCCACUUCCGGGUGCAGCGCUCGGUGAUCGGAGCGUACUUCGUCUCAGAUAAGCUGUCGUUCGCCACGCUGGGCGAGUUGAUCUCCUACUACCAGAAGAACCCGCGGAGCCUCGGGGUGAGCCUGGUGGAGCCGUGUGCCCAGCAGCGGGAACUCUUCGACAUGGAGCCUUGGGAGAGACCGCGGGAAGAGUUCCAGCUCCACCGCAAACUGGGAGAAGGAAACUUUGGGCAAGUAUGGGAAGCCAUUUGGACCAAAGAGAACCGGAAAGUGGCCAUAAAGAUGCUGAAACAAGAGGACACGAAGCAGGACGAGUUUGUGAAGGAGGUCCAGGCGCUGAAGAGCCUCCACCACCCGAAGCUGAUCCAGCUGCUGGCCAUGUGCUCCAGAGGGGAACCCGUCUACAUCGUCACCGAACUCAUGAGCAAAGGAAGCCUCAAGUCCUACCUGGACUCUGAAGAAGGAAAGCUGCUGAAAACGGCUCAUCUCAUCUACAUGAGCGGCCAGAUCGCAGACGGUAUGGGCUACCUGGAGGACAGACACAUCGUCCACAGAGACCUGGCCGCCAGAAACAUCCUGGUGGGAGACGACCUGAUCUGCAAGGUGGCGGAUUUCGGACUGGCUCGGAUAAUUAAGGACAGCGUGUACACUGCCAGCAGAAACACAAAGAUCCCGGUACGGUGGACAGCGCCUGAGGCGGCGCUGCACCAACGCUUCUCUGUCAAAUCAGACGUCUGGUCGUUUGGCGUGCUUCUGUAUGAGAUGAUGUCACGCGGGAAAAUGCCGUACGAAGGAAAAAGCAAUAAGGAGGUGAUGGACAUUUUGAAAUCGGGGCAUCGGCUGGGCUGUCCCGACCGCUGCCCUCCCAAUAUUUACCGGAUCAUGAAGGACUGCUGGCACACCGACCCGACCCAAAGGCCGUCGUUCCACGCCCUGCAGAACCAGCUGGACGCCAUUUAUCAGCGCAUUUAUUACAAAACCGUGGAGGUUUAGAGGCGAACGUCGGUCUUCCUCUGCUGGCUGGGAACCUGCACAAACGGCAGGAAGUGGCGAGGCGGAGCGAUGAGGACCGUUCCUCUCCGUGUUUCUGUUUGGGAAAAUGAAGCAGCGCAGCGACCCAAACCAACAUGGAGGACAAACUGCACAGAAACCCAGCGGUAUUUUAGAGAACGGAGUCUGUAAAUACACCAGAGAAACUCCUCAAACUGUUUUUAAACUCCACUCUUGUGUUUUAGAGGCUGUAAUAAUGGAAAUCGUCGGUAUGUGCCAUGCUGGACGUCCUGAGCCUGAAGGGGGAAUGUUACGGUUUCACUUCUGUUUCCGAUGCAAAACAAGUCGUGAAAAUGGAGAUUUUGUGCAAUAAUUAAAUGAAAGCUGAAUUUUUAGCCACAUUAGACUAGAGAAAGGGAAAUUAAUUAGUUUCUUAGCUUGACUCUUCCUGCUCUUGAGCUAAAUAUCUUGAAGAAAAGGUUCGGUUUGCUGUUAAAUGACUGUUUGUUUUCAUCAAACCGCAUCCAGACGUAACGAUCGCUGAAACCUGCGUCUCCUUUACAUUAAAGAGAUCAGGAAUAAAAUGUACGGAAAAUAACAAGUCUUCCUCUGCUAAGAGUUUGGUUUAAAGAUCAGCGACAGCGCAUCUUAAAUUUAAAUGUGCAUUUAUUUUUGUUUAGCUUAGCUUGGCUAGCAGCCUAAGGAACGUAGCCGUAGUUAGCCUCCCAGCUAGCCCCUAACUUAGCUCCAAUGCUAAAUCCUAUAGCGCAUGUGGAGGAGCUCAGUAGCUGCGUUUCCAUUAAAAAUAUGCACAAAACUUUGUCAAUAAUCAAUAAUGCUGAAAAAAACACAACUGUGGUGUUUUCAUUAAAUCAAAUCAGAAUUAAAAUCACAAGUGAAUAAGUUUGUUCACGUGAUAAUUCACUUAAAGACGUGCUCCUCCGUCUACUUCCUGUUUCUCUUCUUCAUGGUUUCUGUCAGUGGUAACAUCUGGUUGUUGAUCAUGUGACUCGUGAUGCGAAAAAAUUGUUUCCAUUGCAGUUUUGUGAAAUAAACAAAUUUAAAUACAGCUGAAAAAAAUCACCUCAUCCUAGCAACAAAACGUUUUAUCGCUUCAUGGCAUGUCUCUAUUAAGCGAGUUAAUUUUAGAAAUAUAAAAUUGUGCGUUUAUGCGGUGAAUGGAAACGCAGCUACGGUUUGAGGUUUAGCUUGAAUUUCUGCUUGUUGGCUUACAACUGUUUGCAGCGCUAAAAUCUGAAAUCUCCAGUUUUUCUGCAGUAACAGGCUGAAAUCCUGCGGCUGAAUCCUCCAGGUGGGACCAGGGUUCUUAUUUAUCAUGCACUUAAUGUUUACUGUUACUGAGUUAUUGUUUUGAAGCUAGGGAGCAUGCCAGCUUGCUGUGUGGUUUGGUACAUGUAGUCCUUAGCACAGUUAGUGUAGCCUGCUGCAUUUAGACCCAAACUGAUUCUCUGACAUGGGCUGAAAUAUUUAAUGUUCAGAGAAAUGACUUGUGCUCCAGUGCUGCUCUCAGGACAGACUGUAAGAAGAUCUAUUUUUGUAUUUUUGUUUGUGCACUUCUCUGCGCUUCCUGGCUUUUAAACAGUUUAUGGAGGCUCGGCUACAUUUUACAAAUCUAAAGCAUCCUAACGAGAGCAUUUUUAAAAUGCUUUUUUUAAUCAGCACAAGAUGAACUUGAAGCGCUUGAAAAGCCACUGGAGCCCGGUGCCAACAGUCCAGGCCUUAAGCUCUUCUGACGGGCCAAACUGAUGUCCAGUAACAACUAGUGCCUACGUUUACACUGCGGACUGAACACAAAGCUAACCAACGACACACGAGCUACAGGACGGACAUCUGGACUCGCAGCACUUUCUGUCCGGUUUUCUUUAUUUGAAGCACAUAAAACUGUAAACAAAUCUUGCAACUUGCAAUGCAAUUUGUGAAUGAACCAAUUUUGUGUGUUUUUAUGCAUGAUGUUUGCAGCAGACGGAGCCAAGUUCAGGAAACUUGAGCCAUAAUCACCAAAUUAUGAGUAUGUUUGUAUUUAUGGCUGUUUGUGUUCUGGUACCAAACACAAGUUAUGCAAAAAAUAAAAUAUUUUAAGUAUUGUUU